CUCCGCCACACGCCCUGCUGCGUGGACGAGGCUCACGUCCCAAGGAGCGAUGCAUCUCGAUCAGGCGAGACGUCUCCCUCGGCCCCGGCCCGCGCGAGGCAAGCGCGCCCUCUUGGCGACCAUGACCACCAGCCUCGCCCCCGCAAGCCAGUGCUCACACGAUGCGAUAACAGACCAACUGCACGUCUCUCCGGCACACUCCCGUUGCCGCCAUUCUUUUGGCUAUUGCUUGGGGCUCCCGCAUCCCUCCAGCUCCUUCCGCACACGUUGCGCUCCCCCGGGCGGCCCUUGCUUGUGUCGACGUCACCAAGGCAACAGCUAAGCUCUGCGACGGCUGCUGCAUCUCCACCGCACCACGGGCGAGUGGCGCGCGAUAUGCGACGCCCAUGGACCGCCGCGCUCCUGGUCUCGCUGUCGCUUGCGGGACCAGCAACAGCUACGGCGCGCAAGACCUUCGCCAACUAUUCCGCCGCCGAAGUCCCUCUCGACCUGUUCUCGCUGUAUGACGACCGGCCGGAUGGCUGUCCGCCAUGCUUCAACUGCAACCUCGACGACUUCCAGUGCCACCAGUUCGCCAAGUGCGUCAAAGGAAACGGAAAGUGCGACUGCACGCCUGGGUUCGGAGGAGAGGACUGUUCCACGCCGCUGUGUGGCGCGCUGCCGGACGGCAACAGGAACAGAGCUCCAAGAAGCGGAGACACGUGCGACUGCAACGAGGGCUGGGGAGGCAUCAACUGCAAUGUCUGCCAGACGAACCAGGCCUGCAAUGCCAUGAUGCCUGAAGGCGAGGGUGGCAUCUGUUUCAAGGAAGGGCAGCUGGUCAAGGAGAACUACCAGAUGUGCGACAUCACCAACAGGAAGAUCCUCGACCAGCUCAAGGACAAGAAGCCUCAGGCUACCUUCUCUUGCAACGCAGAAACCGACGAGUGCAACUUCCAAUUCUGGGUCGAUCAGAAGGAAUCUUUCUACUGUGCCCUCGAUACCUGCAGCGCCAAUUUCGAAGCCCUUUCCGACCGCAACAUUUCAAGGUACAACUGCGAAAACAUCAAAUGCGCAUGCGUUCCCGGCAGGAUGCUGUGUGGUGAAGAAGGUUCCAUCGACAUCGGAGACUUUCUCAAGGAGUCGAUAAAAGGCCCAGCCGAGUUCAAGUCCAUUUCGACUGUUGAGCCCAGCAAGGAGAGUGGCAGCAUCUUCUCGGAGCCUGCCAUGAACGAUCUCAUCUCUAGCGUCUUCGGCGACGAGAGCAUCUUUCUCAAGUGCAACGCUGGAGAAUGUCUCUACGAGACUGAAGUCCCCGGCUACGAGCGACCAAUCAAGACCAUCAAUACCCCGCUGAUUGCCGGUGUCAUUGCAGGAUGCGCCUUGUUCAUCGUGGCAGUCAUCCUGGUCAUCUGGUAUCUUGCCCGCAGAGCCGAAAGGCGCAAAUGGGGACCCAUUCACUUGUCCGAUGACGAAGAAGACGAGAACGCAAAACUCUUGGCCGACCACAAGCCCGCUUCCUUGACGUUUGAAAACGUAUCGUACCAGUUGAAGGGCAAACAGAUCCUCACUGGUAUCACCGGUGCUGUGCACCCGGGAGAACUUCUGGCCAUCAUGGGAGCUUCAGGCGCCGGCAAAACAACCUUCCUCGACAUCCUUGCCCGCAAGAACAAGAUUGGCGCCACCGGAGGAAAUUUCUACCUUAAUGGCGAGCAGGUCCGCGAUGACGAAUUUCGCAGUGUUAUUGGCUUUGUGGACCAAGAGGACACCUUGCUGCCUACUUUGACCGUGCAUGAGACGAUCCUGGACUCGGCACUACUGCGACUGCCUAAAGAGAUGAGCCGUGCAUCGAAAGAGCAGCUCGUAGACGAUGUGGAGCGACAACUAGGCAUCCACCACAUUCGUCACCAGAAGAUUGGCUCUGAGGAGAGCGGACGCGGCAUCUCAGGAGGAGAGAAGCGCCGUGUCGGUAUUGCCUGUGAACUUGUCACAUCACCCAGCAUUCUAUUUCUAGAUGAGCCAACCAGUGGCCUCGAUGCCUUCAACGCCUUCAAUGUCGUCGAGUGCCUGGUCAACCUCGUCAAAUCCUACAACAGGACCGUCGUAUUCACUAUUCACCAGCCCCGCUCUAAUAUUGUCGCUCUGUUCGAUCAGCUAAUCCUACUCGCGAAAGGCAGGACUGUCUACUCUGGACCCUUCGAAAACUGCCAGGCCUACUUUGAUAAUAUCGGGUACACUUGCCCGCCUGGAUUCAACAUUGCGGAUUAUCUGGUGGAUCUUACUAUGCACGCCAGUGCCGUUACUCAGCCUAUCGAUGAUAACAACUCGCUCUUCUCAAGGCAGGGUCUCGACACGAGAGCAAGCAGUGCCAUUGCGGUCAAGUCAAUUCGAAGUGUUAACACGGACCGGGACACCGUAGGCAGCCCAAGCAUCUCCAGCAUUCGACCAAAGGGCAAGCGUAGAGCAUCAAUCAAGCAACAACAGGAGCGUGAGCUGUUCACAAGGAAGAAGAGUAGCGUGCAUGACGGUACGAUGUCCCCCAAAUCUGAUGACGGUGGCCCCUAUCAGCCUCGCGAGGGUAGUAAUGGUCAGUGGCUAAAACUUUCGCGUCAACAAGGUGCUCCGCCUCCCCAAAUCCUGGAAGAUCCGGAUGAGUUACCACCUCCUGCCGAUGGCGGGACUGGAACGAACCUGGAUACGCUUGUGCACGCAUACGCAACCUCAGACGUGGCCGCUGCACUUCGCGAUGAUAUUUCCAGUGCCAUUUCGUCGGCCAACCAAGCGAACGGCGUCAGCGACGAUCACCAGCAGGCCAACGGCUUCGUGGCAGCUGGUAAAGUCAGAGGCUUCCGAAAAGUAGGACUGCUUGGUCAGUUCAUCAUCCUAUCAAGGCGGACAUGGCGCAACCUCUACCGGAACCCGAUGCUCAUGUUGACCCACUACGCCAUCGCAAUCGUUCUCGCGGUGUUCCUUGGUUUCCUAUUCUUUGGUCUGACCGACGACAUCAAGGGAUUCCAGAACCGUCUGGGUCUCUUCUUCUUCGUCUUGGCCUUGUUCGGCUUCAGCACCCUUACAGUCCUCACGGUCUUUGCACCUGAGCGUCUACUCUUCACGCGUGAACGAGCGAAGGGCUACUAUUCUCCACUUUCUUACUUUGCUUCCAAGGUCUUCUUCGACAUUGUACCAUUACGCUUGAUUCCGCCCAUCAUCCUCGGUAUCAUUGUAUACCCGAUGACUGGACUUGUUCCCGCAUGGCCUCAGUUCCUCAAGUUCGUUCUCUUCUUGGUGUUAUUCAACCUAGCUGCUGCGGCUGUCUGCUUGUUCAUCGGUAUCGUCUUCCGCAACAACGGAGUAGCGAAUCUGAUCGGCGUGCUCGUCAUGCUCUUCAGUCUGCUCUUCUCUGGUUUCUUCCUGAACAAGGACAGUAUUCCCCCGGCGGCGAAAUGGUUGCAAACACUAUCGAUAUUUCACUACGCGUUUGAAGGUCUCAUCGUCAACGAAGUCAAAUACCUCUCGCUUGUCGAUCACAAGUAUGGGCUCGAUAUCGAAGUACCUGGCUCCGCCAUUCUGAGCUCAUUCGGCUUCAACGUUCUUGCGUUAUGGAAGGAUUGCAUUGGCCUCGCCGUCUUUGGUGCCUCCUUUGUUGUGCUAGCAUAUCUCGCCAUGCACUUACUGCUCGUGGAAAGGCGGUAAAGUGGUCCGCUUUGUACGAGCUUCGUAUGGCGAUUCAGUUGCCAGCUGUGUAAAUAGAAGCCAAGGCUCCAUGAGCUAAGGUUGUUGUUUUUGAGGCGUUUUGCAUAUUUCCUAUUUCAUUUGCCUCAUAGUCACGGUUCGUAUAUGCGAACGCGCCUUGCAUAGACAGCGCUUCUGAAGUGGCCGUGUGGCUGCUGGUUUCAAUAACACUCCAUCUUUGACG